GGCCUAGAAAUGGGAGUAUUUCUCUUCAUUCCGAAUCUGAUAGGUUAUGGCAGGAUAAUAUUGGCCUUUAUGUCAUUCUAYUAUAUGCCAUUUGAUCCUACUAAAGCAGUUGUGACUUACCUGACCAAUGUGUUACUCGAUGAAUUUGAUGGACAUGCAGCAAGAUACUUCAAUCAAUGCACAAAAUUUGGUGGACUGCUUGACAUGUUAACAGACAGAUGUGUUACCACAGCUUUACUGAUGAUGCUGUCAGUGUUCUAUCCUUCMUAUCUCUUUCUCUUUCAAUUCCUGGUCUGUUUGGAUAUUAGCAGCCAUUGGAUACACGUCCAGUCUUCUCUUAUUAAAGGCUCAAGUCACAAGGACAUUGGUAACUCUGGAAACUACUUCCUGCGAAUGUACUACAAUAACUGGUUUGUGCUGUCCAUAUUCUGUGCAGGCAAUGAGUUGUUCUUYUGCAUGCUGUACCUAAUUCACUUUACCCCAGGCCCCACAGCUAUGAUUGCAGGAAGAUCCUUCUAUCUCUUCMCAUCCAUGGCAUUCAUCACAGCACCAAUUUGCAUCUUAAAGCAAACAGUCAGUGUCAUUCAGCUAAUUUAUGCUUGCUAUAAUGUCUCGAUUGUUGACGAAGAGGAGAGAGCCAAGGUUACCAAUUGACUACAGGAUAAUUGAAUUCACACUUUUACUCUUGGGCUUAAUUGUUUCAUUCUCAACGCGACGUAAUACAUAGAUAGAUUUGCAAAAAGCUAAAGCUAAAAUCGGUCCCCAGCAAGAUAAUAAAUAAAUAAAUAAUAAUGUAUGAAUAACGAUAAAUCAAUAAAGAACAAGUACAAUUCUAAGAAAUUUUAACUAAUACAAAUUGUGUUGUUUCGUAUGCAAACAAUCAAUAAACGUACUAUUUUUCGGAUUGUUGA